AAGUCACAUUUCGCGCCCGCCGACGCCAGCAAUGAAGCACUCCGUGCUCCAAACCCCGAGACGUGCUCCGAGCCCGGCGAGUCAUGGGGGGCGACCCAAGGAAACCCCUCCUCCUUCGAAGUACCGCCCUAAGAUCGUCCCGAAGCGCUUGAGCUGCGAUUUCUCCGCGGUUCCGGAGGAUAUCCUCUCCGAAUUCCACGAUCUGCUCGAGUCCUCGCCGGAGGAGAGUAUCACCGUCGUAGAUCCACCGGAGGUGCAUAAAGUGGCUGAUGAGAUUAUUAUGGACUUCACUGAUCAAAUUAAUCUAUUGGAAAGCAAAUACCAGAAGGCGGUGAAAGAUCUGUACACACAAUUAACUCCAGUUCAACUAUUGCAUAUUGCUUGUCAUCCCAACAGACCAACAUUCCUCGACCAUGUUUUGAACAUCACCGACAAGUGGGUUGAGCUCCAUGGAGGCUGUGCAGCUUAUGAUGAUCCUGCUAUUGUUCUAGGUAUAGAAAGUAUAGAUGGAAAAAGCUAUAUGUUAAUUGGUCACCGGAAAGGCAGGAACACUAAGGAACAUAUUCAGCGUAACUUUGGAAUGCUGACUCCACAUGGCUACUGGAAAACCUUGCACAUGAUGAAGUAUGCGGACCACCAUGGAUUUCCCAUCAUCACAUUUAUUGACACACCUGGGGCAUUUUCUGAUCUUAGAUCUGAAGAACUUGGUCAGGGAAAAGCAAUUGCCUUCAAUUUAAGGGCCAUGUUUGGCGUAAAGAUUCCAAUUGUUACCGUUGUGAUUGGUGAAGGUGGAUCUGGUGGAGCUCUUGCUAUUGGCUGUGCAAAUAAGUUAUACAUGUUGGAGAAUUCUGUCUUUUAUGUUGCCAGCCCAGAAGCAUGUGCUGCAAUUUUGUGGAAGACCUCUCAAGAAGCUCCAAAGGAGCUUGGUGGAAUGGACAAGGAUAGUUUACUUAACAUGCAACAUAUGAAGUUCUGGGUACUUGGGGGAUUUGUGGAAGGUGAACAUGUGGAACCAGAGAUCAAACUUAACAUGAAAAAGAAGGAAGCUGAUGUUCCUCAAGUUACAGCUGACAUAUGUUAGGGAUGGAGGAGGAAGGAAACGAUAAAAAUAAAAUACUACAAUGUAAUUAAAAAGAAUCUUUUCGAUCAAGAAAAUCGAUGUAGUAUUUAAAACAAGAGGAUUGACAUAGAACACUUACAAGAUAUUCUCAAGUGUUUUCUGACUCUAUCUUGCUUCAUGAAUUAUGGUCCUAUUUAUAGGACCUAGUGAUAACUACCUCACUCCAUCAUGUCACCCAUGAUUGAGUAAGUUAUAAUAGAAACUAUCCUAUAACUUC